AUGGCCUCCACCCCUGCCCCUGCCCCUGCUGCCUUUGCUGCCCCUCGGUGGGCGUCUCCGCCUCCUCCUCUCCGUCUCCGCCCUGCGUGUGCUAGGUGGGUCCCUCCACCCCACCCCCUGUGCUCAUUGGAGCCCUCUCCACCCCAGCUGUGUUCGUUGGGGUCAGUUAGGGCUCCUCCACCCCCUGCCAUGCUCAUUGGGGUCGGUUGGGGAUCCCUCCACCCCUUCUGUGCUCUCCAUCUGCCCCCAUCUGCCCCUCCUCUGCUUGUUCAGGGCCCUUCGUCACUUGUUGGGCCCCUUCGGGUGCUCAUUUGCCCUCUCUGGGCGGGCUCUGGGGUGCUCGUUUGCACCCUCUGCUGGUCGUUCGGCCUCUCCACUGGUCAUUUGCUGGUCGGAGGGUCAGAGGGUCCCCUUGAGGAGGCGAAGGGGCGAGUGGUGGGGUGCGAGUGGUGGAGGGGGAAGGGCGAGGAGAGGGCAGAGGCAGAAGGCGAGGGCAAGGAUGAGGGCAGAGGGUGA